UUGCUUCUUAUGGGUGCAAAAACGGUCCAGGACGCCUUCAAAACAGCAAGAAAAAGCGCAGCUGAAUGAAACAGAACGGAGGUCUAAUUUUUUGAGUUAUAACUUGACAUUGCGUCUUUUAAAAGAGGCAGGAGAUGCAUGAUAAAAGUCUAAAAGCUGUUCAUAUAGUGUAGAAAAACAUUUAAAUCUAGAAAGGCAUAUGAAGGUGUCCUGUGUAAGUGCUGUCGAUGAAUCUCCCAUGACCCACCUAUCUCUCUCCUCUUCACCUGUGUGAUUGACUGUGAGCACCAGUGGGCGGGGCCAAGGGUGCAAUGAUGAAAAAUAACCGUUGAUGUCUUGCUGAAGAGGCAGUCAUAUGCAGAUGUAUUUGGUCCUUGUGAUGUCACAAGUUCCACAAAUUCCAAACAAACUGUUUCAACAGCUUGGUUUAAAUAAGUGCUCUUUUUCUAUUAAGGAGUUCUGAAACUUACAGUAUGUUUUUAUAGUACAAUGACCUCUUAUAUGUCAAAAGAUCAAGGAAAAUUUGAAUCCUCAUGUCAUGAUCACUUUAAUGUUAGUAAACAUUUCUGUUCAUACAUCCUCCCUGCCUUCCUGUUUCUCUGUCCUUCUGUUUUCCUGACCAUAUAUCAUUCUCAUCUUCUGUUUGCCUCAUCAUUCCAUCGGUCUAUUCUCUUUCUCUCCUGAGUCUCGUGUUUCCAGUCCCUUGAUGUGAGCCUGUUACUGCACUCCGAUCUGGUUCUGAUGUUUAGAUAUUCACACCCUGAUUCUCUGGUCAGUCUGCAGUGCCUGGAGAGUUUUCUGUGUCUGUUUUACUGUGUGCGACACCUCAGUGACCCGAGAGUGAAGGAUCCGCUCAAGUUCUGCUCGGACAUGAGUGGGGCCAGUAACACACUGGCACGGGAGUUCCUGACAGAUGUGCACCAGCUGUGUAGUGCUGUGGCCCAGCAGGCGGGGGACGAGGAGGAGUCGCACAUGGUGGCGUUGGGAGAGUACCUGGUGCGUGGACGCGGCUUCCUGCUCCUCAGCACCCUGGACUCUGUCAUUGACCAGGAGUUGACGUGUCGGGAAGAGCUGCUUACACUCUUGUUGUCUUUGCUACCUCUUGUCUGGAAGAUUCCUGUUCAGGAGGAGAAAGCCCCAGAUUUCAUCUUGCCUUCACUGCUGGAAGUGUUUCUUUGCCAAGAGGGAAGGACCAUCCCUCAAAAGGCGGGGCAAGAUAGAUAUGAUGUGCAGAACUGUGGGAAGCGUUUAUCUGGCUCCUGGAAUUCACGGCGUUCGCACAGGACAGCUGAGCUAUACUCUGUAAGGGAUGCAUGCAAAUCUCAGCUUUCCACAUCAGAUUCCGAAGCCAGCUCGGAUGAUAAAGUCACAAACACUGGAAGCAAACAUCGCAGAUUCCACAGUUCAACCAUUCGUGUUAGUUGCCAGCUUCACCAGUCCAACAUUCCAUCGCAAUCACCAUCACAACUUCCCACUCUCAGCACCAUGAGCACCUUUGAGCGAUCCCAACCUCACAUGAGGCUGUUUGGAUCACAAACCCUGGAUGCUAACAUGCUAACGGACCCCACCGCUCUCUCCAUCUUCAAUCGCAUGGAGAACUCGCCUUUUGACCUUUGCCAUGUUUUGCUCUCCCUUCUUGAAAAGGUCUGCAAGUUUGACAUGACCAUCAAUCACAACCCAGGCUUGGCAGUCAGUGUUGUUCCCACGCUCACAGAGAUACUAACAGAGUUUGGUGACUGCUGUGGACCUGGUGGAAGAGGUGGAGGAGGGGUCGAUGAGCUGGCUGGAGGCUGGACUGAGGAACCAAUUGCACUUGUUCAAAGAAUACUUUUACGCACCAUCCUGCACUUGAUGUUUGUAGACGUGGGUCAAAACAAGACACUGCCUGAUAAUCUGCAUCGAAGCCUGACUGACCUCCUAAAAGCCACCUUAAAAAUUCGUGCCUGUUUAGAAAGACAAGCUGACCCUUUUGCUCCGAGGCCGAAGAAGACUCUUCAGGAGAUACAAGAGGACUUUUCCUUCUCAAGGUACCGUCACCGGGCCUUUCUACUUCCAGAACUCCUUGAGAGUGUCUUGCAGCUUCUACUGGGUUGCUUGCAGGCUUCUGCUCCCAACCCUUUCUUUUUCAGUCAGUCUCUUGAAUUAAUUCAUGAAUUUGUGCAACACCAUGGCCUGGAGCUCUUUGAGGCAACAGCUCUGCACCUGGAGGCAUUAGCAGAAGAUUCAGAAAUUGGCAAUGAGGCGUCAGAGCAUCUUCGUUGUCUGAUAGCAGGUGUACUUAAGAUUAUCAGUGCUGUCAAAAGAGCCAAGUCAGAUCAGCUACACCAGUCUGUUUGUGCACGUCGUCAACACUGUCGCUGUGAAUACUCCUACUUUUUGCACCAUCAUCGUGACCUGUCUGGACUGCCGGUGUCUGCUUUCAAGCAAGCAGCCCGUCGAAACCCCUUUGAGGAGUCUGAGGGUCAUGACGGAGAUGUGCGGUACCCUGAACGAUGUUGCUGCCUUGCGGCUUGUGCCCACCAAUCUUUGCGUCUCCUCCAACGCCUAUCACCCUCAGGUCCUGCGAUCCUCCAGGUGCUGGCAGGAGUGCAAGCCGUUGGUAUCUGUUGCUGCAUGGACCCAAGAUCUGUAAUAGGGCCUAUGCUUCAUGUACUUCAAGUGCCAGGCCUGCGGAGCUACCAGUCACAUGUGUUGAGUGUCCUUAGUAGACUUGUCCUUGAACAGCUUGGAGGUGGUCAACCCUCGGAAAAGGCCAAACUUGUCUCCUGCAACAUCUGCACUUUGGAUAACAGCCAGUUUCCUGGCCUUGAAGAGACUUUGCAGAGCUAUAGACCUGGAAAAGGAUCAAACCUAUCCACAUCCCCAGGUCCCACUUACCGUUCCCAAGGUAUCCUGCCCAGUGGAGGAGCUGAAGACAUAUUAUGGAAGUGGGAUGCUUUAGAUGCCUACCAGGAGCUAGUGUUUGGGGACGACUGGCAUUUGAGUCAACAGAUUGCCAGUCAUAUAUGCCAGCUCACUUUACGGGGCAAUGCAGUAGUGCAGUGGCAAUUCUACACUCAUAUUUUUAACCCUGUGCUUCAGCGGGGUGUGGAACUAACCCAUCAUGCCCAGCAGCUCAAUGUGUCUACUACAUGUAGCCAGGUCUGCAGCUACCAUACCCAAUGCCUACCUGUUGAGGUGCUGCUGGUUUAUCUUCAAACUCUGCCUGCUCUGCUUAAGUCAAGCCGGGUUAUACAUGACCUGUUUCUGAGUUGUAACGGACUGAACCAGGUCACUGAAUUGAUCUACCUGGACUGCACUCGUCCGUGGGCACUGAAAGUGUUUGAGACCCUAAUCUUAAGUGCGUGGCACCAUCAUGCCGAAUCUGCAACACAGGAGCUAGAAAGAGCCGAAGCUCAGAAGCGGGAAGCUGUGCUUGGACUCGUAGAUGAACUAGGUUCACGUGGGGCGAGUGACGGCCCACAGAGCCUCUCUAAGUUUUACGAAGGCCUGAAAGAGGCAUGCCCUCAACAAAAGAGCAAAAGUGGAACGAGUACAUUUCCUGGAAUUGGACGUAACAGAGGUGAGGCACAUUUGAACACGAUCAACCUUUUCCUUUGUGUUGCUUUCCUGUGUGUGAGCAAGGAGGCAGACUCUGACCGAGACUCUGCGAAUGAAUCGGAAGACACCUCAGGCUAUGACAGUACAGCUAGUGAACCAUUGGGUGGUCGUCUGCCAUAUAUCUCACCAGACAGUGUGGCUCUGCCUUCCAAAGAACAGGUGAGGAGGGCUGCCGAUGUGUGGUCAGUAUGCCGUUGGGUGUACAUGGCCAGUCCAAUGUUCCAGAGGCAGUUCUUCAGGCUGGGAGGCCUGGAUGUGUGUUCACGGCUGAUGACCAUGGUUAUCCAAAAACUUACCUCAAAAAACAAAGACAGUAAAGUCAAGAAAAAGAGGGAGAGUAAGAGCAAAACCAGUCCAUCUCAUGCAGACUCUCCCACCCAAGCUCUAACAGUGCAGGUUGACAUUGCAGGAACAGCAGCAGGUACAGAGGGGACCCAACAGCAUGAACUAAGGGAGUCACUCAGUCCCGUUCAGGUGGAGAGCAAGAGUAGUGACCCAACACAGAGGCUGGAAGAGGAGUGGUCUGUCCAUAGUAUCCGACUUCUGGAGGCGCUUCUGGCCAUCUGCCUCCACAGUGCAAAUUCAGCCCUGCAGAGACUGGAACCAGACCUUUCCUUUCAGCUCCGGUCAGUUGAAGAGACCCUAUGUGAGGUGCAUGAUCAGUUGUCAUGCUCUGGAGUUGUGAAUUCCGAACUGGCAGUUCCUCUGUUUGAUUCCUUGUUGCGUGUGGCACUGGCUGAGAUGUUUUGCAGUCCAGAUGUUGUUGAGGAGAAACCUGAAAAGAAAAAGUCUCAGGUUAGUAGUGAGGUUGCAUCUCCAGCAGGUGAUCUCUCUGAGGAGGUUGAUAAAGCUCAGGUGAGUGGCGUCCAAGCUUUGGGAGAAGAGGAAGGAUGUGACGCAGACAGCGAAAGUAACUCUGAAGACUCCGCCUGCCAGGAGGAAGCUACAGGGAUAAAGAUGGAGGCUGUAGACCCGCUGGGGGAAUGUGCUCUGGGAAUGACAGGUGUGCCUCAGGGCUCCAGCCGCGGCCAGCUGCUUUUCCCAGAGAUCUGUUUGAUGGAGCUGCAGCUGUUGGCCAGCGGAUCUCCAGACCUGGAAGUCCUGGAACAUGUGUUACAGAGCCUGUCAGGAGCCAUGAAAGGCCACCACAGCAAUGCAACACUGCUCUACCAGCAGGGUGGUGUGAAAGCCAUUCUCACUGGAUUUCUGAACAUUCUUACCCAGUCAGAUGCCUCAUAUAAAGAGUGCCAGACGAUGCUUGUGCAGCUGCUAGUUGCCAUGGUGAGUGACAGAAUCACAGCAGAGGAACUUGCCCUGUUGACCCACCUCUUCCUGGAGAAGACCCCGCCCACAAAGAUCUUGUUGAGGGGGAUUCUGCAGAUUGUGGAGUCUAACUCUGACACAGAGCCUCUGUACUUCAUGUCCUUUCCCAUGAUCUCUGGUGCCGGGGUCCCUGGCUUGAGUUCCUCUCCUGGGACGAGGCACCAUGGGGCAGCUGGGGGUAAAGGUGGCAUAAAUACACUUUUAAGGAGUAAACUGCCCCUAGGCCGGGUUGAUGGGGAUGCGGGUAGGCUUGGUCACCUGCGUACUUCUCCCUGGCAUACUGCACCCCUUCAACUGCCCUUAGUGGGACAGAACUGCUGGCCUCACAUGGCCAGUGGUUUCAGCGCUUCGCUCUGGGUCCGAGCUGUGAAGGAUGAAGACGGCCAUUAUAAGAAGGAGGAGGUGUCUUUAGAUGAGGCCCUGCACGGUUCUGCUCAUAUCAGCGAGCAGCACACAGACAAAUGUCUUGUGCAUGUUCUGUCCAUGGGCUCUAAAGCUCUGAUGCUUCAGGUGUGGAUGAACAUCUCCAGUGGAGCCUUUACCUUCAGGAUCUGCGUUGAUCCGAAUGAUGAGAUGAAGGCGGGUCUGCUCGCCCAGGUGGAGUCUGCGGAGGGUGUGCUGACAGCAGGCAGAUGGCAACACUUGGCUCUCACAUACACACAGCAGCCUGAGAGCAAGAAGAACAUUCACGGUCAGCUGACCCUCUGGUUGUGCGGCAUCAGGAAGUGUGACGUCUCGUUAGACUUCACUCUGCCCAGGAAGUCCAGUCUGUCAUCUGACUCUAAUAAGACGCACUGUAUGCUGGGACACUAUCAGCCCCCUUCAGAGGACCCACACACCCCCAGUGCACGAUGGGAUAUGGGCACUCUGCUGCUCUUUAAUGGCUCCAGAAUUGGCACGGCAGAGGUGUUUUACCUGUAUGCCAGCGGCCCUGACCUCACCUCCAUCAUGCCCUGCAAAUAUGGCAAGCCUCAUGGGACACUGUCUAAGUACGUGACACAGGAGGGUCUUCAGUGUGAGCAGAUACGAGAACUUCUCAUGAGAAACACUGAAGUGGACAUCUCAUCUCUUAUUGAGAGUUUAGCAGUAGUUUAUGCUCCCAUCACCCCGUCUCUCUACACAAUAUAUGAGCCGGUGAUCCGUCUGAAGGGUCAGGCCAAGACAGCGGUUGUCUCCCAGAGACCCUUCAGUGCUAAAGAGAUCCAGAGCUCUGUGCUGGAGCCUCAGUUUCUCAGGACCAUGACGGCCUGCCAGGCUCUCGGCCUACACAGCGUCCUGCACAAGAUCGGAGGCACUGGGGCUUUUGUCUUCCUGUUUGCUCGGGUGGUGGAGGUGAGUGAUUGCGAGCGGACUCAAGCUCUGGCCCUGCAGGUGCUGCUUUCCUUGGUUAAACACAACCAGCAUCGCACACAAGAGAUGGAGUGUUACCACGGUUACUCCAUGAUUCACCAGGUGCUCAUCAAACCCAAGUGCAAUGUGGGAUAUCACAUUCUGAAGACGUUGCUGGACGGCUGCUGCAGUGGCUCUAUCCUGACGCUCGGAGAGGACGGUCAAUUUCAUCUGAACACUGAAUCUACUGCAGUGGUACAAGAUCUCCAGCUGCUGUCUGAAAUACUGCUGGACUGGAAGAUAUGGGCCAAAGCUCAGUGUGGUGUGUGGGAGACGCUGCUCAUGGCUCUAGAGAUCCUCAUCCGGGUGCAUCAUCCACAGCAGAUGUUCAACAUCCGUCAGCUUCUGAAGGCUCAGGUGGUCCAUCGCUUUCUGCUCACCUGCCAGGUGCUUCAGGAGCAUCGGGACGAGUACCUGACCUCCAUCCCUCAGGAGGUCUGCCUGUCCUUUGUCAAAAUCAUCCAGGAGGUUUUGGGUUCUCCUCCAGAUCUGGACCUGCUGAGGCUGGUCUAUAACUUCCUAUUGGCCGUGCACCCCCCCACGAACACUUAUGUGUGUCACACGCCCACCAGCUUCUACUUCUCCCUGCACAUUGAUGGUAAGCUGUACCAGGAAAAAGUUCAGUCCAUGAUGUACCUGCGGCAAUCCAGCAGUGGAGGAAAAUCCGCCUGCAGCUCUGUGGUGUCUCUCUCUCCCACCAUUAUCACAGAGAUGCCUGCUGAAGUUUGCCACAGUCUCUCCCCUGAGCAUGGAGAUGAGGAGCUGUCACUGCGACCUCCGAGCAUCGGCCCCUCUCCACACUCUUCUCCAUCCCUGACACCCCGCUUGGCUCACAGGACCUUACCUGGGCACACCGAACCAGGCGAGGAGGAUACCCUGGGCAGCACAGAGACCCUGAAACGUGGCGGUGACGAGCAACUCCUGAGCAGCUGCGAGUCAACAAAGACCAUCUGUGAUUCUCAAAACGUGUGCGGCAAGGAGGAGGGAGGUGUUGCAGGAAAUCUAACACUCUCCAUCAGCGUAGAGGAGGAGCAUGACGGGACAGCGAGCAGCCCGGAGGAGUCCAAGGACCAUUUCGAUUGGACCAGUGAGGAAGCGCCGUGCCGACCGGACAGCCUCAUGGGGAUCCAGUCCUUCCAGGCGAGUCACAGUAAUCUAGCCAGUCUGGGUUUGGCGUUUCCUGCACAGAACGGCUUGCUGGCAAUCGCUCGCUGGCCAACUGUGGCUGAUCGCGCCGCCCCACCAGAUGACUGGGAGAGUUACACAUACUCACCCGGUUAUGAUAGACACAGCAAAGCUGAUUCCAGCAAUGACAGGUCUAGUGCAGAAGACUGUCUGGUUCUGAUCUGCUGUGGUCUGUAUGAUCUGUUGAGAGGAGUUCUUCUGCUGCUGCCGGAUCUCCUGCUGGAGGAGGUGAUGGAUAAACUCAUCCAGCCUGAAGCUCUGCUCAUCCUGGUCAACCACUCGUCUCCUCUCAUACAGCAGGGCGUCAUGAAGCUUUUGGACGCAUACUUCAGCCGAGCUCAGAAGGAGCAGAAAGAGAAGUUUCUGAAGAAUCACAGCUUCUCCCUGUUGGCCAAUCAGCUGUACCUGCACCAGGGCUCUCAGGGGCUACUCGAGUGCUUCCUGGAAAUGCUGUUUGGACGACCGGUGGGGUUGGAGGAAGAUCUGGAUUUAGAGGACAUGGAGAACAUCUCUCCGUUCAGGAUGCGUUGUAUCAUCCCUGUGUUGGGUCUGCUGGAGAACUCUCUAUAUGACAACUCACUUGUGCACAACACGCUCUGUGUGCUACUGCAGCUCCUCAACACCUGCCCAAAGCUGGCAGAUAUCCUGCUGGAUCACGGCCUACUCUACGUGCUCUUCAACACACUCUCCACACUCAACGGCCUGGAGAACGGAAUUCCUCCGAAUGACUACAGGCUGGUGGUGUGUGAUAUUCAGCAGUUGUUGGUGGCGGUCACCAUCCACUCCUGCAGCUCUUCAGGUUCUCAGUACUUCCGCAUCAUUGAGGAUCUCAUCACGUUACUAGGAUACAUGCAGGCCAGCAGAGUUCGCCGCACACAGGAAAUGGCCAUGGCACUGCAGUUCCGUGUGAUCCAGGCUGCCAUUGAUUUCAUUAAGACCACAGCCAAUCAGGACCCUCAGAAAUCCAGCAGCGGCAGCGACGUGCACGUCCCCACCUCGCCACACCACUCGUUGCAUCAAAAACGCAAAAGCAUCGCAGGUCGGAGGCGGUUCACUCUGGCUCAGUCAGACUCGUUGUUGACACGGAUGCGUUCUGUGGCCAGUGAUGAGUUGACGCAGAUGAUGCAGCGGAGGAUGAGUCGAGAGAACCCCAUCAGAGCCAGUGAGACUGAGUUCAUCCAGCGGCUGCAGAGACUUCUGGUUCUGGCUGUUAACAGACUCAUAUAUCAAGAUAACAACCAGGAUUUCUUCGACCUCUUGAACUUUCCCGAGUCUCCUGAUCACGUGGUGUCCGUGCCACUACCUUGCGAGCAGAUGUCAGAGGAGGACAGCUCCACCCCUUCCACAUCUCUUCCACCGAGCAACAUGAAAAGCUUCCGCAAAGACAUUCUCAAACUCAUGAUGGAGGGCAUGAAGAUCAGCCUGGGCAGCACCGGGCGUGGCGGCGCCCCUCACCAACAGUGGAGAAGAAUCCUCUGGUCCUGUCGCGACACAUUCAGGGUCCAGAUCGGCCGUAUGCUGGUGCACACGCUUAGCCCUGCAGUUCCUCUGGAGGACAGAAAGGAGGCGCUGGAAUUUGUGUAUGAGCAGAGCUACUCUGAGAUCCUGAGAGAGAGCCUCAGUCCCGGCCUCGAGCAUGGACCCAAGCUGGCUCUGUAUCUGUAUGAGCUGUUACACGACCACAAAUACAGUUUGAGUAAAGAAGAGCAGGCGGCUGCCAACACCUUCAUGACUACACUAAAGCUCUGUGGUCACCGCUGCAUACCGCCCAGUGCUCCGGCCAAACCAGACCUCCUGAAAGCUAUCAAAGAGGAGCAACUAAAGUAUGAGUCAGAGGCAAGAACCAGUAAAGGAGCUUGGGAAAAGAAGCUGGCAAACACUCAGACAAGUCUGUUACAGAGGCUGGACGGGAAGUCAAAGGAAAUCUCGAAGAUCGCAGCAGACGUCACUCAAAACGUGUCUCUCAGGCAGGGGAUGGAGAGGAAGAAAGUCAUGCAGCACAUCAGAGGACUUUAUAAGACAGACCUGAGCGCCAGCCGACACUGGCAAGAGCUCGUACAACAGCUCACUCAUGACCGGGCGGUGUGGUACGAUCAGUCCUCUUACCCAACGUCUUGGCAGUUGGAUCCCACUGAGGGGCCGAACCGUGAGCGGAGACGUCUGCAGUGCUGCUACCUGACCAUCCCCAACAAAUACCUCCUCAAAGACCGACGUAAACUUGACAACACCAUCGAAGCUCCACUGGCCUUCCUGUUUGAAGUCAAGACUCACUCCUCUUCCUCCAUAGUGAAGGACAAAGCCACCAGUGAGCCAAUCAGGUUCACUAGGAGGUGUGUAAGUGUGGCGCCCUCUAGAGAGACAGCAGGGGAACUGUUGCUGGGGAAGUCUGGCAUGUACUUUGUGGAGGAGAAUGUAGCUGAGACGCAUGAUAACCAGAGUCCACAUGGAGAGACGGAGCCAGCCUCUUACUCCUGGACGUAUGAGGACAUAAAGGAAGUUCACAAGCGCUGGUGGCAGUUGAGAGACAAUGCCAUGGAAAUCUUUCUUACCAAUGGCAGGACGCUGUUACUUGCGUUUGAUACCACCAAGUUCCGUGAUGACGUCUACCACAACAUCCUGACCUCAGACCUGCCUAACCUGCUGGAGUACGGUAACAUCACCGCUCUGACACACCUGUGGAGCUUAGGACAGAUCACUAACUUUGAGUACCUCACCCACCUAAACAAGCACGCGGGUCGCUCCUUCAAUGAUCUCAUGCAGUACCCCGUGUUCCCCUUCAUUCUGCGAGACUACACCAGUGAGACACUGGACCUGCAAGAGACCUCCAUUUACAGGAACCUCAGCAAACCCAUUGCAGUUCAGUCUAAAGAGAAGGAAGACCGUUAUGUGGACAAUUACAGGUAUCUGGAGGAGGAAUAUAAAAAGGGUAAGAGAGAGGACGACCCCAUGCCCCCCGUACAGCCCUAUCACUACGGCUCCCACUACUCCAACAGUGGCACUGUUUUGCACUUCCUGGUCAGAUUGCCACCCUUCACCAAGAUGUUCUUGGCUUAUCAAGAUCAGAGCUUUGAUAUUCCUGACCGAACGUUCCACUCGAUGAACACCACGUGGCGGCUGUCGUCCUAUGAGUCCAUGACGGAUGUUAAAGAGCUCAUCCCAGAGUUCUUCUACCUGCCGGAGUUUCUAAUCAACAGAGAAGGUUUUGACUUUGGCGUGCGACAGAACAGCGAGCGGGUGAAUCAUGUGAAUCUGCCGCCAUGGGCCCGGAACGACCCGCGACUCUUCAUCCUGAUCCACAGACAGGCGCUGGAAUCAGACCAGGUGUCUCAGACGCUGUGCCAGUGGAUAGACCUGGUGUUUGGACUCAAGCAAAAGGGCAAAGCUGCAGUCCACGCCAUCAACGUCUUCCAUCCUGCUACUUACUUUGGCAUGGAUGUCUCUGCCGUUGAAGAUCCCGUGCAGCGUCAAGCUCUUGAAACCAUGAUAAAGACAUACGGCCAGACGCCCAGACAGCUGUUCAAUGUGUCCCACAUCAGCCGGGCCGGACCCAAGCUCCUCUCUGAGGGAGAACUGCCUGCAGCCAUGGGUCUCCUGGUGCAGCUCGCAUUCAGAGAGAGCCGAGAGACACCCAAAGACUCAGUCUACCCGAGUCCUUUGCCUUGGAUAAAGGGGUUAAAAUGGGGUGAGUACGUGGGGUCACCCAGCGCUCCAGAUCCUUUAGUCUGUUUCAGCCAACCUCACGGCGAACGCUUCGGCUCUCUGCUGGCACUGCCCACACGUGCCAUCUGCGGCCUCUCACGCAAGUUCUGCCUCAUGAUGAUCUACAGCAAAGAGCAAGGUGUACGGAGCAUGCACAGUACAGACAUUCAGUGGUCGGCCAUUCUGAGCUGGGGUUACACCGACAACAUGCUGCGACUGAAGAGCAAACAGAGCGAGCCGCCAAUCAACUUCAUCCAGUGCUCACCACUGCACCAGGUGACUAGUUGUGCCUGGGUGCCGGACAGUUGUCAGCUGUUUACGGGCAGUAAGUGUGGAGUCAUCACCGCCUACAGCAACCGCUUCACCAGCACCAUGCCGACUGAGUUGGAGGUGAAGUCUCAGGUUCACUUGUACGGUCACACGGCAGAGGUGACGGGUCUGUUCGUCUGUAAACCGUACAGUAUCCUCAUCAGUGUCAGUAGAGAUGGAACCUGCAUCCUAUGGGACCUCAACAGGUUGUGUUACGUACAGAGUCUCACAGGUCAUAAGAGUCCAGUGAACGCAGUGUCAGCCAGUGAGACCACUGGAGAUAUCGCCACAGUCUGUGAUUCAGUCGGUGGAGGAAGUGAUUUGCGGCUGUGGACGAUUAACGGAGAUCUGAUUGGUCACGUUCAUUGCCGUGAGAUCAUCUGCUCUGUGGCGUUCUCCAAUCAGCCGGAGGGCGUGUCAGUCAAUGUCAUCGCUGGCGGUCUGGAGAACGGUGUGGUCAGGUUGUGGAGCACAUGGGAUCUGAAGCCAGUGAGAGAGAUCACCUUCCCCAAAUCCAACAGACCGAUCAUCAGUCUCACAUUCUCGUGUGAUGGGCAUCACCUUUACACUGCGAACAGCGAGGGCACCGUCAUCGCGUGGUGUCGACGCGACCAGCAGCGCAUGAAACUGCCCAUGUUUUACUCUUUCCUCAGCAGCUACGCUGCAGGCUGAUUCACACACCUGCAAUGCCCCAUUUCCCACAAUCCUCCACAGGGGACAGAUGUUGUGAGCAACUCCGCUGACCCAGGAAGAGUCGGAGCCAGCAUGCACAAAGCCCCGCCCAUGAUCAUCACUGUCUCUGCCACCUGAAGCGUCAUGGGAAUGCACACGUAUAAGCAGACUUGACCAGAGUUAUAGCACUUUACGCUAUAAGUUACUGUACUAUAGAGAACGAGUGUUGUGUGUGUAUUUAUAUACAUGAAAAAAGCACGUUUGAGGGGUUUGUGAGGCAGGAAGUAAACAGGCCUGUUCUUCGUAUCAUUUCUCAAGUGUUGUUUUGUCAUUUUGCAUUGUUUUGUGUUUUGAUCUGGGUUUUUGUUUGUUGAUUCUUGUCGUAGUAUUUGUUUGGACGGAGUGAUGAUUGAUUUUGAAAGCUGCUACAAUCUAGUCCGUCCAGACCUCUUUCUUUUCGGCCCUUUUUGGCCCACUCCUCCGAUGUCAUAAUCCUGAGAAUAGAAUUCCUGCUUAUGAAGCUAAAAUCUGCAGAACACUAUUGUCAGUAUUUUCACAUUAAAAAUCCAUGCAGCAGUGCAGCGGGUUUUGAAAAUGGGAUAUUUUCCCAGCGCUUUUUUCUUGGAAUUCACAUGACUACUCCAGAUUUCCUGUACAGUAGAAUGGGAGGAUCCCAGACUUAAGCAUGUUCGCAUUAUAAACUGUUGCAUGAGUGACAUGCAGUUGCAUAACAAAUUGUUAAAUUGCGCUAAAUUCCAUCACUUUGUUUUAAUGUGUUGCCCAACAGCCUCGCUCGCUGACGAAUUUCUAAAAUAUUUAACUUUUGCAUUUCUUUCUUGUACUUCAAUAUUGAAUGCACUUCAGACUUUGGAGUGCUCUUAUGCAUGUGUAAGGGUCUCUUAUCUAUGUUAUGUGUGCGUUACACAUGCAAUCGCUGUGUUUUUUUGCAGUAUUUUCCUGAGGUGUCCAUACAAAUAUUAGUUUCUCCUAAUAUUAGACCCAUUAACUUUACAAGAGACAAACAUCCCAGUUACCAGUACAGAGUGUCUGUUUUGUUCUAUUCUAUUUCAAGGUCACGUCCGUACUAAUAUGUGAACGCAUCGAUUCCGCUUCAUUUACGCCUCCCAUCCACACUGGAAUGGCAUGUUCAUCCACCAAAAACAGAGCCUUUUUAAAAUGCUCUCCUUUACCGCAUCCAUUGGAAAAUAAUGAUGUUAGGAAACUGAAAUCGGAGGUUUAAACGUAAGUGUGAUUAGUCUGGACGUGGCCUAAACUCAGUUCUAUACUAUACUGUUCUGAUCUAUUCUAUAUUAUUCUAUUCUGCCUGUGUAAUGAUAUGUUUUGCAUGUAGUGUUGACCACACUGUCAGGGUGAUGUUUAAUAAACCUGGUUUUAUCAUCACCUAUAGUCCUCUAACAUCAGAGGAUAUAAUAAAUUAUUUAGACGAUGCGACCUGUAGGAUCCACCUGUCAUUAAAACACAGGUGAUUUUCAGAAGCUGAUAGUGAGAAACUACUGGAAUAUUUGCUGGCUGCACACAAGGCUUUAUAAUGUGUAGAUUGGUAUCAUUACAAAGGCAAGUGUAUGAUUUUCUGAAAUGUGUAGUACUUGUGGUUACAGUGAGAAAACCUAUUUAUUAUUAGCAUACAAAGAAAAAGAUACAUCACAGGAAAAAUAUGCAUCUUAACACAAUCCAGUGGUGUUCUUUGACUUUUUCUUUUUUCUUUAUUUUUUUCUAAAAUAUUCUGUAUUUGCUGUUUGUCUUAUACAUUCGUAUCAGUCUUGCAUUACAGAUAACUUAACUACCUUCUACAUUUUAUUAGAAAGGGAAUGCUCUCACCUUUUUCCCAACCACUGUUACUACGUUUUUGUACUUUUGCAUUAUUAAAAAAAAAAAAAAGAAUGUAUCACUUUAUCCUCGCAGAGUUAAAUGAAAGUUCAGUGCAAAUCUAGAAAGCCAGCACUAUCAAGAUGACAAGUAUUUUGUUAACUAGUUAGCGAGAACUCCUCUGAGGUUUACAGUCUACUAAAAUAUUUGUCUUAACUGUUUUUGUUUUUCGUUGUUUAUGUAUAGAAUCUAUUUUCCAUGCUUACAUCACAUUAUUGUGCACAGUAUUGUCAUGUUUGAACCGAGCAGUUCCCUCAAAAAGAGGCUCAAGUUAUUGUGUUCUGUCAUUGUGUGAGCUGUUGACUGCAAAUAUAGGUGAGUUUGUAAAGCAAGAUGUAAGAAUUAGUUUGACUAUCACAAAGCGGUUUGUUAUUAUUGUUAUCAGUUUGUUUCAUUAAUAGUGGUUUAUGUCAUUUAAGACUGAUAUGUUCACCAAGCCCUGGCUGGGAUAAUUUUUAAUAUAUAUAUAUUUUUUUUUUUAUUAUUCAUGAAAUAUGUAAUAAAAUAUGUGACAUAUAUAUUAAGAAUAUAAAUACUCAAGAGAUUUUGA